GCUUAUUCCUAAUUCCAGCUUACGCACUGGGGAGUGGGGACUGGUGAGGGGCCGAAACGACAUCGUUGUCUUUUCGGUUUCCUCCUCGCGCGCUAGACUCGCGUGAGAUCCCAUCUCUGAGAAGCGAUCCCACGUUUCAUCGUAAGAGAAGAAUCCCCAAAUUUUGAAAAAUCCAACAAAAAAUUUGCCAUCAAUUUCGAUAGAUCUCCACAAAGCCGUACCGGAAUUUCUCCAAUCUCUGAUAAUAUAAAGUUCUGAGGAGAACUUCAAUGUCGACAGAGAUAGUUGAUGUUAGUGAAAUGCCAGAUGGUAAUGCAGAAGAGCCUCUAAAGUCUGAAAAUCUAUUAUUUCAAAUGAACCAUGGAAGCAAUGGAAACCUUGCCAAGGAAAAUGGGUUCACUGACAGCCGUUUAUUGUCAGAGGAGACUCAUGAACAACUUCUGCAAACAGUUAUGGAGCUAAAAUUUCAGAAUGAAUUCUUCAAAUCACAGUUUGCGGGCUUCAAAGAUUCUCAAUUAGAGAGUGGUGGGUCUCAACUACAAAUAAAAGUAGCACAUGAAAACAGUGAAUCUGCAGAAGUUCGGGAACUCCACGAAAUAAUAGAAUGUUUAAGAAAAGAACUUCAUGAAGAAAAACUAACACGAGGUGCCGCAGAGGAGGCUUUGAGGCAUCUUCGAGAGGCAUAUUCUGAGGCAGAUGCCAAAGCCCAAGACCUGUCUACGAAGCUUGCUGAAGCUAAACAGAAGUUGGAUCAAGAAAUAAAAGAGCGUGAGGAGAAAUACGUGGAGCUUGAUUCCAAAUUUCAGAGACUUCACAAACGAGCAAAACAACGUAUACAGGAGAUUCAAAAGGAGAAAGAUGAUCUAGAAGCCAAGUUUCGUGAUGUGAGCGAAACAGCCGAUAGAACGUCAUCCCAACAAUUGACAUUGCAGCAAGAGCUGGAACGCACACGGCAGCAAGCCAAUGAAGCGUUAAAAGCAAUGGACGCAGAGAGACAACAAUUACGAAGUGCAAACAAUAAACUUCGAGACAGCAUUGAGGAAUUGCGUCGCUCAUUGCGACCAAAGGAGCAAGAACUUGAGUUGUUGCAACAGACAAUUCUGGAGAAAGAACAGAUGUUGGAAGACAUGCGAGGGUUGCUGCAGUCUGCGGAUGAGAAGAGGCUAGCAUCGCUAUUUGAGCUCUCUGCUAAACAUCAGAAGAAUAUAGACAACUUGGAAGCCCAACUUGCUGAUGCAUUGGCUGACAGGAAUAAGGCCACUGAAACUAUCUCAUCGCUGCAGGUUCUAGUUGCAGAGAAAGAGUCGAAGAUUGCAGAGGUGGAAGCAGGUUCAAGUGGUGAGGCAGCACGGCUUAGAGUUGCUGUGGAAGCUGUAAAAGGAGAGCUUGCUCACAUAAAGCACGAGCAUGAGAAAGAGAAAGAUAGCUGGGAAGCUGCCUCACAAGCACUCAAAGCAAAAUUGGAAAUUGCUGAGAGUAAUUGCAUCCGUGCUGAAAUUGAGGCUGCUAAGAUGAGAAGUCAGCUGGAAUUGGAAGUAUCAGUUAAAGCCCAGGUUCUAAAUACAAGAGAUGCUGAACUAUUGGCCGCCAAAGAGGAGAUCAAGCAUCUUGAAAGUGAAUUUUCUUCAUAUAAGGUUCGUGCUCAUGCACUUCUUCAGAAAAAGGAUGCAGAGCUAGCUGCAGCCAAGGACUCUGAACAAGUUAAAGCUCUAGAGGACGCCCUUAGAGAGGCUGAAAAGGAGUUGGAAUUUGCAUCAGCAGAGAAAGAUAAAACUCUUCAAGAUCUUGGGGAAGCUUUGUCUAAUUGUGAAAAAGAACUUGCAGAAAGAGAUGUAGCUCUUGACAUUGCCAAUGAACGGAUCAAGAGCACGGAAACAAAGCUGUAUUCUCUUGGUACUCAACAUGAGUUGGAGAAAGAAGCAUGGGAAAUGAACCUCCAAAAUGUGGAAGAAUUGUGGCGAUUCAGAUGUGAGGCAUUGAAGGCUGAAAGUGAAGCAUCCUCUGGGCAAGAACUACAAAGAGAAAUAGAAGAGCUUAGGUUGCAGUAUAAAAGAUUGAAGGAAGAGGAUGAUUCAUUUCGUGAUCUUGCUGAUAGAAUGAUUGAGGAGAAGGAUAAAGAAAUCUCUAGGCUGUUGGAUGAUAAUAAAAGUCUUCAACUAUCCCUGCAAUCAAGGCCUUUGGCUGAUCAAAAUAACAAUUUUGAGUCAGUGUCAGGCAUGCAAAAACAGGACGUUGAAAACUUUACCGCCUCUGCUGCAGACCAACAGAUUCUGCUUUUGGCAAGGCAACAAGCUCAGCGGGAAGAAGAGCUAGUACAGUCACAGAGGCACAUUUUAGCGCUUCAGGAGGAAAUCGAGGAGCUUGAACAUGAAAAUCGUCUACAUAGUCAACAGGAAGCUAUGUUGAAGGCUGAGCUUCGGAAUACGGAAAGAAUGCAGAAGAGGGAAGGGGUAGAUAUGACAUAUCUUAAAAAUGUUAUCUUGAAGCUUCUUGAAACAGGUGAAGUGGAGGCUCUUCUACCAGUAAUUGCUAUGCUUCUUCAAUUUAGCCCAGAGGAGAUGCAGAAGUGUCAACAAGCUUAUCGAGCAUUGGCUGAUGUUCCUCCAAGCCCAGCAAGCAAUGCAUCAGGAUCUCUUUUCUCGAGAUUCUCAUUUUCCUAAUGGCAGAAAAAAGGAUGGCUACGACACCUGACGCAACAAUGUGUCAUUACAGGUUUUGUUAUAUAAGAUCUUGUAACAAUUUUUUUUUCGAUUGAACUGUUCUUUGUAAAGUACAAUUACGGCGGAUAAAUAGAGAAUGAUAGGUAGAUGAGGAGGAAGAGCAUCCGAGAUUUGUUUGGUUAUUCAUUCUGGAAGAACUGAUGGGAUGAAAGAAGCGGGCCAUUGAAAAGCAUAUUCAGAGAUGAGUAGGCAAGAGAAUUAUUUGGGUUGUGACGUUGUGGGCUAAUAUGUACGGAUGUUCAUUAACUACUCUAUUUGGUUAUGAUUUAUCUUCUAAUUCUGAUAAUUUAAUAGUUAAAUACUUGCAGGAGGCGAAAAAAAAAAUUAGUAUUCUUAUUCAGUCAA